AGCUCAGUGUAAACUUUAAGUAAUUGUUACAUUUCAGCUUCCUCUUUCCAAGCCCCACCUUCUUGCAGCGUACAUUUUAACACCUCAAAGAAUCUGAUAAAAAGGAGGCAGCCUUCUUCAGCCUAAUCAGAAAAACGUGAUACCAGCCACUGCUGCCUGAGCUAAUCUUACAGACUCAAAGCCCAGGAAGGAUCAUGAGUCAGAAAGCUGGGGAUCCUCUGAAGGUUGUUGAAAUUGAUUUCCUCAGAGAACAGAAUGCCCGUCUCCAUCGCACCAACAACUACAACAACCGCAGCCUGAUUGUGAGACGUGGGCAGGAGUUUCAGUUGAAGCUGACUUUUAGCAGGGAGCUGAAAGACAAUGACAAAGUCACACUGCAAUUCAGCAUUGGUGAAAAACCAAUGAAAUCCAAUGGAACCCAUUUAUCCUUGAAUGCAAGGUCAAGACAGAAUGCUCACACCUGGUGUGCCAACAUCUGUCAAACAAAUGGAAAGGAGUGCUUGGUAGCUGUAACCAGUCCAGCAGAUGCAAUUAUUGGAAAAUACCUUCUGAAUGUGGAAACGGGGCCUAAGGGUUAUACUACUGAUAACAAUUUUGUCUACAUUUUGUUCAACCCUUGGUGUAAAGCGGAUUCUGUUUUCAUGCCUGAUGAUAGAGAAAGAGCUGAGUACGUGCUCAAUGACACUGGCUAUCUCUAUGUUGGAUCCACCAAAAACAUACGUGGAAGACCUUGGAAUUUUGGGCAGUUUGAGGAAGAUGUUUUGGAUUGCUGCAUGUACCUUCUGGACAAGAGCCAACUCAAGCCAAAGGCUAAACAAGAUCCUGUGAUCAUCUCCAGGGCCAUGUCAGCGUUGGUUAACUCUGCGGAUGACAGUGGAGUGCUGUUCGCAAGCUGGUCAGGACGUUAUUCAGGUGGUACACCGCCUUUGGCCUGGACAGGAAGUGUCCCAAUUUUGCAGCAGUAUUACAGAACCAAAAAAAGUGUUUUGUAUGGUCAGUGCUGGGUUUUCUCUGGAGUGCUUACCACUGUCAUGCGCAGUCUGGGGAUGCCAGCCAGAAGUGUGACCAAUUUUGCUUCAGCUCAUGACACAGAGGAAAACCUUAAAGUUGACAUUUACUUGAAUGAAAAUGGAGAAAAAAUGGAGACCCUAACAACAGACUCAAUUUGGAACUUCCAUGUGUGGAAUGAAGUCUGGAUGAAAAGGCGGGACUUACCGAAGGGCUUUGAUGGCUGGCAGGUGAUCGAUGCCACACCUCAGGAAAAGAGCCAAGGGAUUUUCCAGUGUGGCCCUACUCCAGUAAAUGCAAUCAGAAAGGGAGAAGUCUAUCUUCCCUUCGACUCCAAGUUUGUGUUUGCUGAAGUGAAUGCAGACAGAGUCUUUUGGCAAGUAAAGACUGAAAAUGGCACACAAAAAUAUGUCAAACUGCGUGAAGAAACCAAAGUGAUAGGACAGAGUAUCAGCACCAAAGCUGUUGGAAAGGACAUUCGUGAAGACAUCACAGCUCAGUACAAAUUUCCAGAAGGUACUCCUGAGGAAAGAAAGUCUGUGGAAACUGCUUGCUCCUAUUUGCAGUCUACAAAUCUGGGAUUCUGUGAAGUAACACCUCCCCCUGAACCCCUCAAGGCUGACCUGAAACUUGGAAUGGAAGGGGAAAAAACAUUGUGGCCAGGACAGCCGAUUGACAGGAAUCUUAUUAUAAAUAAUGACUCUGUGGGUGCAUGGACAGUCAGCUUUGUGGCCGCUUGCCAAUUGGAAUCAUACACUGGGAAAGUAGAGGCCAGCCUUGCAACCAUCAAGCAAACUGUCCAAACAGAAGGCAAGCCAGUUAUUCAGAUCCCUCUGAAAAUAGCAGCCGAUGCUUACAUAAAAGCGCUGACGUCAACAGAGGAUGAGCUUCAGGUCAAAGUCAAUGUUAUUGCUGAGGUUCAAGAAACCAAUGAGCAGCUCACAGAAGAGCUGACUUUCACCUUUCAGUACCCACCUCUCAAAGUGGAGAUGUCAGAAACUGCAAAGGUUAAUGAAGAUUUUACCUGUGCAUUUAUUUUCAAGAAUACACUAUCCAUUCCCUUGGAAAACUGCAAACUGCAUGUAGAAGGACUAGGCAUCUUUACAAUGGAAACAUUUGAUCAAGGGGACAUAGCACCUGGUGGAAUCUUUAAAUCCAAAAUAGUGUGUGCACCAAGGAAGACUGGGCUAAAGAAGAUAGUGGCCAAACUGAACUCCACUCAGAUAAAAGGAAUAACUGUGGAAAAGAUUAUUUCAAUCACUGAGUAGAGGCAUUUCCAAAUGCUGUCAGGUGGUGUCGGUAAGGUGUGUACUAUGAGUGAGCCUUGUUGACACUGCUUGCAACCUUGAUUAUGGGCCCAAUGAUACAAGAGACAGAGAGUGAAAGACAGAAAUGUGAUACUAAGAGAGUUUGGCUUAAGGGCAUAACUUUUUUGAUUCAAGCUAAUGAGAAUUUAAUAGAGAUUAUUCAGAUCUGUUCUUGCAUGUGCAGAGAUUUAACAGCUUAUGAUGACUAGGAGCGUGAUUUGUAAAAUCUGAAGUGGAUAUAGUGUAGAUGGCUGUUUUCCUUUUGCGUACAAUUUUGGGCUUUGUGUAAUGCCAACAAUACUCACAACUUCUCGCUCCUUCUGGUGACAUAAUGGUGGCACUGACAGCUGCUAAUUCUGUCAUCUUCUUACUUUGUAGGCCUAACUGCAGUAUACAUGCAGCGUAUUACAAAAGCUGUAUACAGACAGCUUUUCUUCAUGUAGAAUAUGAUAACGCAGCAUUUGGUCCAUUGUACUGUACAGCUUUACAUGGCUAUGUGUAUUGCAAUUCUGCACGAGCACUGGGUUUGAUAUUAGGCACAGAAUUCAGCAUCUUCAACAUCCAGUUUAAAACUAAACAAAAUAACAAGGGCUUGAUUCUGCAGUGUACUGCUGGCCCCAUCUGUUUAUUUACUGGUAUUUUAUAGUUUGUCAUUUUACAGGACUACCAAUCUCACUUAGAAACACACUGACUCUUUCUUUGUUAGAAUAGCAGUCUUAUUUCCACCUUCACCUCUGCUCCUAUGUAAUGAGUUGACGUGUUCAUCCUCUACCCACCUUGAGUAAGUAAACCUUUUAAAGUAGCUUUCAGUAAUAGUUUGGCAUUAGGUGCAGGAGUUUUACAAACUGGAUUCCACGCACAGUUUUUUAAAAAAACAAACUCUCAUAACCAAGUCUUUACUAUUUUAAAGAAUAUUCUAUUGUAAUUUUUGAAUAAUAAAAAAGAUCCAACAGUAUAAAUCUCUGCCACACAAUAUGAGUAUAAAGGGUAACAAAGACACAAUUCAAAUAUAAGCAAAAAGAGAAAACAAAUCAAUCAACAAGAAGGGGAAAGGAGUUGGGAGAUUACAGUACAAUUUAUUGACGCCACAUCGAGACUUACUUCUAGCUAACAAUGUUGUACACUAACAGACUAUUCCUAAAAUUUCUAAGUAACCCUCUUCAACUACUUCUCACUCAGCUUCCAACAGAAAAUGCCUCCCCAUGUACACACUUCCUCUACCAGUCUGAGCCAAGCAGCUUGUUUUCAACCAAAAAUCAUUAAACUUCUUUUGUUUGACUAGUAGUUUUUAUCCAGUAGAAACUAGGCCUGCUCAAUCUCCACUGCUGCUCAAGCUUAUCUUUAUCCUUUUUGUGUUUUGUCUCUCCUUAAACCUUCCUUAUAAUCACUUUCAAAAGAAUAUAUAUAUUAAAAAACACAUACUUCAAAUACUAUAUUAACCUGCUUAUUAUCUUGUGUCGCCACAGGUUCAUCCACCUCUGCCUUUGGCUAGGUGAGCAGGCAAUGCAACUAACUCACUAGUCAUUACUUUCUUUGGGAGGCCCUUAUGUGCCUUAUGUGCAUUGCCCUUGCAACUGGACAUGUUUCCCCAUGCUUUGCACAAGCCGAGUCAAUUAUGUUCAUUUGUGUGUAAUGUAUUCAGGUUUCAGAAUCCUGCAUUUUUAAGUAUGGAUUUUUGGAAAUUCUUUAGCAUGCAGUACAUGUAGCCCUAGCUUAUCUUAGUAACCUGGAAGUAUUCAUUAAGUCACGUCGAAAAAUGGUGUUUCAUGCCAUGUCUUUUUAGUUUCUGUUGUAAGCUUUUGUACUAAACAUUCUUUAUAACACUUUUAAUAAAAAUAAUUAACAAA